CCAGGCGGGGACAGAUUCAAUCCCAGCGGCGCUAAGUGAUUCUGCCGAGUCAGGCUUCCUCCCACAGGUUGUCACUCAGGCACGAGGGGGCGGGGUAUUGGAAAUCUGUCCAACCGGGAGGCCGCUGAGGCAGGUGGGUGGGGCGAUGCUCUGCACCGGCCUGGACGUCCUUUCUUUCUCCAAUUGCGCCUAGAGGCACUCGCUGUGUGCGGUUCACUGCCUUUGGAGACCUGUCAGUCUCACGUAUCUGCACGGGUCGUUGGAGUCGUUAGGAAGGACUCAGGAAACCUCGAAAUGGAUUCAGUGACCAUUGAGGAUGUGGCUGUGGACUUCACACUGGAGGAGUGGGCUUUAUUGGAUCCUUCACAGAAGAAACUCUACAGAGAUGUGAUGCAGGAAACCUUAAGGAAUCUGGCUGCAGUCGGAGCAAAACGGGAAUAUCAUGACAUUGAAGAUCAGUACAAAAACCAGGGGAGAAAAUUAAGAACUUUUAUGGUAGAGAGAUUCUGUAAAAGUAAAGACAUUAGUUUAUGUGGAGAAAAUUUCAACCUUAUUCCAACUCUCAAUCUGAACAAGAAAACUCCUGGAUUAAAACCAUGUGAAUGCAGUGCAUGUGGAACAGUCUUCACGGAUCAUUCAUCCCUUAAUAGACACAUGAGAUGUCACAUUGAACACAAAACACGAGAGUAUCAAAAAUAUGGUGUAAAGCCAUAUAAAUGUAAAGAAUGUGGGAAAGCAUUCAUUUAUCCUGGUUCUCUUCGAACACAUGAAAGGAGUCACACUGGAGAGAAACCCUAUGAAUGUAAACAAUGUGGAAAAGCAUUUCCAUAUCAGAAAUCCUUCCGAACACAUAAAAGAAUUCACAGUGGAGAGAAACCCUAUGAAUGUAAGCAAUGUGGUAAAAGAUUCAGUGCUCAAAAACGUUUCCAAAUACAUGAAAGUAAUCACACUGGGAAAAAACCCUAUGAAUGUAAGGAAUGUGGGAAGGCCUUCACGUGGGAAACAAGCUUUCGACAACACAUGGUAACACACACUGGAGAUGGAUUUUAUAAAUGUAAGAAAUGUGAGAAAGCAUUCAUUUAUCCCAGUUGUCUUCGAAUGCAUGAAAGGAGUCACAACGGAGAGAAACCCUAUCAAUGUAAACAAUGUGGAAAAGCCUUUAAAAGUCCUGAAACUAUUCAAAUACAUGAAAGAAUUCACAGAGGAGAGAAACCCUAUGAAUGUAAGCAGUGUGGUAAAGCCUUUAAUUAUUUCAGUUCCUUCCAAAUACACAAAAGAAAUCACACAGGAGAGACACUGUAUGUAUGUAAAACAUGUUCUAAAGUACUGAGUACUGCCAGUUCUCUUCGAAAUCAUGAAAGAAUCCACACUGGAGAAAAGCCCUAUAAGUGUAAAGAAUGUGGGAAAGCCUUCACAUGGCAAAAAACCUUUCGAAAACAUAUGAUAACACACACUAGAGAUGGACCCUAUAAAUGUAAAAAAUGUGAGAGAGUAUUCAUUAAUCCCAGUUCUCUUAAAAUACAUGAAAGGAUUCACACUGGAGAGAAACCGUAUCAAUGUAAACAAUGUGGCAAAGCCUUUAGUUACUACUGUUCCUUACGAGUACACAGAAGAACUCACACUGGAGAGAAACCCUAUGUAUGUAAACAAUGUGGAAAAGCCUUUAGUUGUCAUGAAAGCCUUCAAACACAUGAAAGAAUUCACACAGGAGAGAAACCGUAUCAAUGUAAACACUGUGAGAAAGCCUACAGAUACCACAGUUCUCUUCGAACCCAUGAAAGGAGUCACACUGGAGAGAAACCUUAUCAAUGUAAACAAUGUGGUAAAUGUUUUAGUUCUCAAAAAGGUUUCAAAGUUCAUGAAGGAACCCAUACUGGAGAAAAACUCUAUGAAUGUAAAAUAUGUGGGAAAACCUUCCGUUCCAUUUACGUUCAACUGCAUGAAAGAAUUCACACUGGAUAGAAACCCUAUCAGUGUCGGGAAUGUGGGAAAGCCUUUAUCUCUCAAUCAUUUGAAGACAUAUGAGACUGCACACUGCAUAGAAAACAUAUAAAAUAUGGAGAAUGGGAAAGGCUUCUCUGAUCUCAGUAGUUUAAAAGGAUGAAAGGAUUCCCUAGAUAAAACCGCAUUUGUAAACAGCCUGGGCAACAACUUCAGUUGGCCAACAUCAUCUAUGAAAAUUCCCAUGAAGAAGAAGUAUAAAUGUAAAUAACAUGAGAUAACUUAAUGGAAAGUACUCCGUGCCUAAUGUUCCAGAAAACCUUCAAUAUGAAAGAGUUGUUUUAAAAGUUUUAUAAAUAUGUUGUGUUUAGUAAGGAUUUUUCUUCAAGUGUAUCCUUGAACAGUGGAUUUCUCCUAAUUUUAGAAAUGAAUAUUAA